CAAGUGCACGCUUUACUUCCUGUCAAAAAUAUCAACACACAGAGAAGGGGGAGACAUUAAAAUUUACCCCAAACAAAUGAAAAUAAUGGACGGAUUAAAGCAGCAAGUUAUGAUGAACCAAUUUAUGUUUGCAACAGGAUGUCAAAUAGAUCAAGCAAAACACUUUCUAGUCGCUUCUAAAUGGCAGUUCGAGAGUGCUCUUAGUAUGUUCUUCCAAGAAUCAUCAGUACCGACUUGUCGAACGUGUAAUGGGAAUCAUGCUAGUGGAAAUUAUUCGUUAUGUGCACCUGCAAAUACUCCUGCCACACCUCCAAAUUUCCCAGAUGCUCUCAUGGCCCUGUCUAAAUUAUCAACAGCAGAAAAGUUCAGUUCAUCUCCAUAUGCUACAUCACCAACACAAGUUGCACAUUCACCCCAUGCUAUGGAAGUUGAAGCCCAGAGAUAAAUAUGUUACGCAUGGCAGGCAUUUAUUCAGUGAAAAAUAUGUUAAGUGCACACAAGUGAAAGUUCUGUGACAAGCACUCAGUUGAGUUUUUCUCUGAUUUCCUUCAUAGAUUUAAGAUUUUCAGAGAUGCAAUUAGACAUAAAUUGCAUUUGGGAAAAACAAUGAGUGGAUAGGGUUUGAAAGUUGUGUACAUGUAUGUAGGUCCAGUUGAUAUUUGGAUAAGUUUUUUCUCAGAGUUUUGUUUCCUGGAGAACUUGUGUUUGUUUGUAUUUUUGUCACUUGUCUGUAAAUCUUGUUUGGUACUGAAGUUUUGCAUUAAUGUAUUUGGCAGGUUUAACCUGUAUCAUUAAUUUGAAUUCAAACAUAACUAGUUGGUUUACUCUAAGGUGGAUAAAAAGCAAUAAUGAACAAACCUAUUUUUUGAUCUUCUGACCUGGGUAAAAUAACAUAUUUGACUGCAUGUUUAAAAGAAGUACAAUGAACAUUUUAACUAUUUAAGAUAUAAUUUGCUUGAGUCAUUUGUGGACAGGUGCAUUUUUAUGUAUGAAAACUGGCUUCAGGUAAACUUUAGAGCAGCAAAUCAUGUUAAAAUGUGAUGUAUUUACUCAGGUUUAUUUUUCACUGUAUCUCAAGCACAUGUCUGCCUCUCUUGAUAUAUAUACAUAUAUAAAUACAUACAAACUCAUCAAAACUUAAGAAGGGGUCAGGGCCCAUGACUUGUGUUAACUUACCAUUUUUUGGCCUUGACCUCUCAUCUGAAUUGAAUGAAUGAUUGAUGUUUACAUUUUUGUCAUUUGAAUUAGGUAAUUAAACUGCCAUUCAUUGAUUCAAGUGACAGUUACUCCCCCUUUUUAUAUUUUUCUUUUGUAUUUUUCAUAUAAUAUUUUAUGACCCAUUUUCCAUUUAUAUACCCAUUAUAACAGUGCUGGACUAGUUAAUAGAAUUGAGUUUAAUACAUUGUCAUUAAAUCACAUCAUUAAGGACAAAACAAAUAGCAAUGGCAUACUUCACCAUUGACUUGUAUACAUUGUCUCUUUGAAUAUAUUAUUCAUUAAUCAUGUGUAAAUAGUUGUUAAUCUUGUUUUUUUUUUCAUCAUUUAUUUCAAUUUUGUCUUCAUCCCAGACAUAUAUUAUAUAUAAAUCACUGGCAACUAACGAUUUCUGUAGUGUCUAUAAGUAAUUACCAUUUAAACAUGUUUUAUUGAUGUUUUGUAAUUUCUUCUCUUUAUUUUGUACAGAAUAUGGUAUAUAAAUUAUGUGGUAAUGUAGCUUUGUUAAAAACCUUAAAUAUGAUGUGAAGUCAGUAAACUAUGAUGUAAAAAAAAUGAAAAAAAAAAGUCCUAAAUAUAGGAUAUUUAUUGUUAAA